UCUCAGUCUUGAAAUUUCUCGUCCAAUUUCUUCCCCAAAUUUACGAAAAUCCAUCUGUUGAUUCGCCGAUGUUUUCUUUCCUGACCCUUCUACAUCGAUAUUUGGUUUUGAUUCUCUAAUUUAUCCGUGCUUUCUUCAGGACUACAACCAUGGUGAAAUUGGGAGAAGGGUCUUGUGGAGAUAAGCAUGGUGGCAAGGAUGACUCAAAGACAAAUAAAAAGAGAUCUGUUUACAAUUUGAGGAGUAAAGAUCCAAAACCUGAAGGCUCUAUGGGUCCUCCAACUUAUAAUCUGAGGAAUAAAGUUCAGAAAACUGAAGGCAAAAAUACUUCUAAAGUUACCCAAAAUAAGAAAACCCCAAAAAAGAGUGGCUCUAAAGAUUCUUCACCUGCUACACAGAGGAGGGUAGUUUCGGAAACUGAACUCAAAAGAACUUAUCCAAAAAUUCCUCCAUUCCCAAGUACAGAUAUUGGAAGUAAAAAACCUUUAACUACAUCCAUGGCUGACCAUGACAAGAAUCAACCUUCUUCUAGUCAAUUGGAACCAUUCUUCCAUGAUCCAGUUUAUCAUAUCAGAUGGGAAGGUUAUGAACUGGGAAGUGGGCAUUGUGGACAGAUCUGUGUAUUAUGCAAUAAGGAUCUUUCUUCUUCAAUAGAAUCUGAUUCUGAUGAUGAUGAAGAAUCUGAGUAUAAUGAAGAUUCCUUAUAUGGUGAUGAUGAUGAUGAUGGUGGUGGUGAUUAUGGUUAUUUUGAUGAACGUGCACCUCCUCUUCUUCCAAUUGUUGAUAUUUUGGCAUGUGGGCAUGCAUUCCAUACUGAAUGCUUGAAGAAUGGUGCACAUGAUGAAGAAUCAGGUGAUCCCAUUUGUGUUUUGUGUUCAAGGAUGGCUUGAAGAAGAAGUUAGUCAUUUUCUUCUUGGUGAAGGGAUCCAAUUGUUUUUAGUGUAGGUGAUAGAGAGUAUAUAAACACUGCAAGUGGCAUGUUUGAUUGAUAAUGUGCCAUUUUUUUCACGUAUAGAUUUGUUUUGUAGAUUUUGAAGACUUAAAUGUGGUUUUGGAUGUUUUAUUUUGUUUUGGCCUUUUG